AUGGGGAUGGAUCACUACACCGUUAUACGGCAGCUAGGGGGCACGAGUGGUGCAUAUCUCGCGGUUGACAAACAAAAUGAGACGAAGCGCGUCGUUAUUAAACGUUUGGCUGAUGGAACACAGGGGAUGCAGGAGGUAAAUGUGUCCAUGCGGGCGCGGCACCCUAACAUUAUUCCAUACUUGGAGUCUUUUGUUCACGACGGCGGGCUUUACGUUGUGCUGCAGUAUGCGGAGGGCGGUGAUCUGGAGUCUCAUCUGGAGCGCCUUGCGCGGCGGAAGAAGGCCCUUCCCCAUCUUGCGCUUCUCCGUGGUUUCCAGCAGCUCAUAUCGGCACUGAAGUGUUGCCACGGGCUGAGUAUCAUGCACAGGGACGUCAAACCCGGGAAUGUAUUUGUGAACGCCGAUGCAUCGGAGCUAUACUUGGGCGACUUUGGAUCCUCUAAGGCCAUGUCGGGAUCCGCAUCUCUCACGACCACUUUCGUUGGGUCACCCAUUUGGUUGUCACCGGAGUUACUUUUAGGUAUGCCGUACAGUUAUCCGUCGGAUGUUUGGUCACUCGGUUGUGUCUUUUACGAGAUGGCGUGUCUGCGUCGUCCCUUUUCAUCCGACAGUUUCGCCAGUCUCGUGCGGCAGAUAACAGCGGGUGAUAUCGCCCCGCUCCCGGCUGCCGUCCCGGAGGAUAUUCAGGCAAUUAUUAUGGGGAUGCUGCAGACAGACCCCAACAAGCGGUAUGGGCUGGAAAAGGUAAUGGAGAUGACAGAACGGGCAAUCCAAGUACGCCAAACAACGGCUGCGGUAACGCCGGAUGAAAAGGCAUCCUCACCCCGACACCGUAAGGUAGUACUAAAAAAACAGCAGCAACAGCAACAGCGGGCGCUUGGCCCCAAGCGGGCACUGCAUGCUUCCGUAAUGGUGCAUAAGAAGCCCCAACAUCUCCACCCACAGCGACAACCGGAACUGGAGGCACAACAGGAGGGAACGCCGCAAAAAUUGCCGCAGAAGCAGCGGAAGCAGCAACCACGGCAGGCCAAACGAGGACCGAUAGGGCACGCAGCAGGUUCCUCUGAUAGUAGUGGGGAGAGCCAGCUGUCCCAGUGGAUCCACGCACGUAACAACGAUGUUAAAUUCAUUGAGUCUUACCUGCAAAAGUUCCGCCCGGCCGACGAUAUUUUAAUCGCGGAGGGACCUGUAGAGAGCCAAGGUGGGUCACAAGAUGGCUUACAGCCAUGUGCUGUGGCAUCUAAAGUUGACACUUCCGUAAGAAAAGGCGCCACACCACAAAAGGGGCUGAGGGCCGGCCGGAAAGUAGCGGUGGCGCCACGUGAAGAGAAGCAGCAGAAUCGGCAGAACACCCGGUCUGAUGUAGAGGCGGUUAGUCCUGCAGAUUUGUCAGUGGUGUCGGUAGGGAUCGCGAAGGGCAAGCGGCCCAAGCAGGCGGCAUGUGCAGCACGGCCGAGUAGGAGGCACUCGCCCUUCGCACGCGAGCCUUCACUGGUUAACCAUUUAGCGGCUCAAGGAUUCAUACGGAUAAAAAGCACGGGCUCUGCCUGCAGACAACUUUCUCCUUUACGGCAUUCACCCCAGCGAGAGGAAGAGCGGCAGGCGCAGCGUGCGAAACGUGAGCAGGAGCGAGCUAAGAUGUUAGAGAUGAUACGCGAGCAGAAAGCUAAAGCAAUGAGACAAAAGAAAGCUAGAGGGAAGAGCGAAGGCGGCGCGGACGUUUCAGUCGAAAUUGUUCUCCCCGAUCAUGUGCGUUACUUCGCACCUGCUGUGCAGUGA